AUGGGCUCUCCUCGCCGCAGUAGCUCUGGGUAUCGUCAUACGACGCUCGGGCCACAGCUUUUGAUGAAGAAAAACACCUUCCAGGGUCUGGUGAUCCCAGUAGCGCCGCUGCAACAGCAACAAGACGUCGCUUCGAUCGUCUCGGAGGCACUGACAAAGCAGCCACGACUUCGGAAGUUCCAAGAGUUUCCUCGAGCCUCACGAAUUCGCACUGCCGUCAGCAAAGACGGUAGCUCGAACGUCGUGGAUGUAGUUGAGGAGUGCGAUGACAAUACGCUCAUCGGCGUUGGAGAUCGACUGUUGUACCUGCUGCAGCGCUGGCAAGUCAACAACGUAGUGUUGGUCGUAGCUCACCACGACUCCAGCCUCAGUGGGCGGCUGCUAGGCGGUGCGGAGCUCUACAAACUCACCACUGAAGCUGCCAAGCUGGUUCUGGAGCAACAUUACUUGGAUUCCGUCGCUGAAGCCGCCAAGAUCUCAGCUGAGCUCACUGCAAAGGCAGCUGCUGCAUCGGCACCGGAACAGAAUCAAGAGAAGCUGCGCCAAGUGAUUCCUGCGACGUGUGUCAUGUCCAGCGCUACAGUCCCUACAUGGCCGAAACACCACCAACCAACGAGCGAUGGCGGAGGCCGUAAGGGCGUCAAACAAGGUCGUAUCAACCACUUCCGACACCGAGAGAUGAUCGCUGCAGAGCGAAACCAGGAACCAGAACGUGUCGAGACUGGCGUAAACGAAGGUAUCACCAGUGUCCUUAGUGCCAGAAGCUCCGGGAGUCUAGAGUGGCUGGGUAUUUCUCGCGAAGAAUGGCGCAAACUACGCAGUAUCCGAGUUCCAGUCCGAGAGUUGCACUAUCUUUUCAUGUGCCUCGUUAUCCUAUUCGAAACGCCCAUCGAGCAGCGCGAUGCACGGAAGAGUAAACCCACUUCAAAGCAGCAAGAGCAGUUCGUACCGUCCGAUUUUUCCUGGUCUCAUUGUCGCCAAGUGCUGCAUAAAGCAUCGGAGUGGAGCUAUCGUCUACGAGCUCUAAGGGGGAGUACAUUGGCCCCCUCUCAAGCCACCGCUUUGCGUGCCAUCUUCCAAGAACCGACAUUCACUGAAAGCGCGUUCGUCCGAAUCGCUGGAGGCGCAGGCACCAAGAUUUAUGCAUGGCUACAAAAGCUUCUGGACCAGUACGAUGAGAGAGAUCUCGGCAUGUUGCGUAUCGACAUAGCAGCCGACGUCGCAUCUCAGGCAGCGUCACCAGCUUCUAAGACGUCCCCAGUUCUCCGAGCUCUCCAGAACGUCAAUAAGAGCCCCAAGUCUCCUGGUCGCAAGCCUUUCAAAAUCGUCGAUCCUGGUCGCCUAUUUGGUCGACACCAUGCAACGCAGUAA